AAAUAGAAAACACAAGAAUUUCAAGACUCUCUCUCUCUCUCUCUCUCUAUCUUCUCUCUCAUUCCCUUGCCUUUUCUAGUUACUGUGCCAUAAGGCCGAGGGAUUCAUCGGGUUUCUGGAGAACCUGAUCGAGAGAACUACACUCUCUCAUGCGCUUGCAUUGCAUCGCUUUGAGCUCUUUUUCUUUUUUCCUUCUUUCUCUUCUCUUCAGAGCUUGGGGCGUCCGCGGAUGGAUUGCGUCGAUGAGCUGAUGCGAUAAUCAUUCCCUUUCGAGCCUGAGAUCAGUUUCUUUGUUGCUUGUUAUCGAUCUUGCUCGGCAUCAGAGUCGCCGUCCCAUGUCGACCAAAAUGAAGGGCCUCUUGAAAGGCCUGAGGUACAUCUCCCAAAUAUUCGAGAAUGAGAAGGAGCAGGAAAUGGAGAUAGGGUUUCCCACAGAUGUAAAGCAUGUGGCUCACAUAGGAUGGGACGGUCCAUCUGUUACUUCCCCGAGCUGGAUGAAUGAGUUCAGAACAACGCCGGGGUUUUCUUCAGCUCCUUUAGGUGUCCCUGGAGACAUGAAUGGCGACGGUUCUGUCCGGUCGGUAGCUUCUGAAGGCUCGAGUCUACGAGGGAACCAAACCCCAACCUUUCCGAGCUCCCCGGCCCGGGACUUGCCCGAGCUGCCCAAAUCCUCGAGACGGCACUCGACCGGCACUUCGACCGAUUCCCCCACCAAAUCCAAAUCAGACAAAUCCUCAAGAGGGUCCAGGCGGGCCUCGAAAGGCUCUCCGGCAAGGGACCCGUCCGACCCCGUGCGGAAGCUCCAAGACUCGAGCCUCGGAGCCGGGUCCGAGUCGUCUCCGAGGAAGAGCAAGUUGCCCGACAUCCCGAAGAAGUCCAGGAGAAAGAAGUCCAAGGACUCCUCCGUGGGAGGGGGGUCCUCCAGGUCGUCGUCGAGGUCGAAAGCCCAAGGCCAAGCCGAGGCCCAACCUCCGGCCUACGACGCUCCGUUCUCGGAUCCCGGAUCCGAGAACGUAUCCACGUUCAAAAACUUGGAUCUUCAUCGGGCCUCGGAUUUGGGGUCUUCUAGAGAGGGGGGUGAUAAGGAAAUUUAGAGAGUUCCUAAUUUUAAUUGUUAGAGGCUAAUUUUGUUCGAUCUUCUUCUUCCUCUUUUUUCCAUUUUAUUUUUAUUUUCUCGAGAUUAAUUGAUGAUUUGUGACGCCUCUAUUUAAUUUUGU